AUUGAAGUUAGAUAGAGAAACGUCAAUCAACUGUUGCGCUACUCUCGGGCAUGGUUGUCUUUGUAUGUUCCCAAUGCAACGCUACACUUAAAAAAAGUAAUGUACGGAAUCAUCUGCAAGCUUCCAAACGUUGCUUUUCGGUCUCGUGUGUAGACUGUCACAGAGAUUUUGAUAAAUUCUCAGUAGGAUCUCACUGUGUAUGUAUAUCCGAAAAAGAGAAGUAUGACAAAGCAAACUUCCUCAAGUCAUCCAAGAGUAACAAUGAUCAAAAACAGUCAGAGUGGAUUAAAAGGGUAGAAACAGCUAUACGAAAUUGUCAAUCUAAGAGACAUAAGUUUCUUCUCCAAAACCUCAGAGGCAAUUGUAAUGUACCUCAAAAGAAGAAGAAGUUUGAGAAUUUCAUGAGGUCCAAGUAUCGUGGUAUAUGCGCAGCAACCAUUGACGAGAUGUGGAUGUUAUUGGAACCACUUAAACAAAGAACAACUAAUACUGUCCCACCAACAUUAAAAAGGAAUUCAUCCAAUGACUUAAAAAGUGAUGAGCCUAAGUUAAAGAGACAAAAAGUGGAAGGCCUUCAUGAACCUGCCAAUAAUCGUUCAUCAGAAAAUGGGUGUCACUUGAUGUCAUUCGAACAUAUACGCAACAUCCUUACUGAAUUAGGUGGAAAAACAACAUUAUCAGCUCUGGGAAAAAAGAUCUACAGUACAUAUAAAACCAGUGUACCUUCCCCACAAGAAUUCAUGUCAAAAAAAGAGUUUAAGGCCAAAUUGUUAGAUGCCAUUCAGAGCUCGGAGUAUUUUGUUUUUUCACCGUCUGACGGUAUUGUCAGUAUGAUUAGUGAUGACUCAGUCACUAAAUCAGAUCCCCGUGUAAAUCCAGAUAUUUCUCAAGUCAAGAAUACUGAUACCUCCAUUUGUCAGAGCGAUGAACCCCACUGUUCCAAAAGUAUAAAACGGUUGCUGAUCACUACAAUAAACGAUGCUGGUGGACGAAUUUCUCUGAAAAAGCUUGUGAAAAGAGUAAGAUAGUUCUGUUGGGCUUCAUGUAGACGAGUGGCUGUUUUAAUUUAUUAAUAUGUCUGGAAAAAUCAAAUCAUUUUAAAAUAUGACAUGUGCUUUCGUUAUCCCUGUUUCUAGAUCACAUACGUAGAAUGUCGUGAAAUUGGAAUCAGAUAAAUGCUAACAUGUACAUCACCAGUAGAUUUCUGUUACUUUGGAUAUAGUUAGUUGCCUACUUUACAUUUUAAUCGCUGGUCAAUGUUUCGAAAAAGUCCUGAGCACAAAGCAAUGUAUGUUGUCUGAAGCCACAACAUUUCUAUCACCCCAAUCAAUAAAAGCUGUCUCGUCACAUUUUAUGAACUCAAAUGAUCCAAAUGAAGUUAAUCUUACGAAAGAUGAAGUGAAAAAUAAAGUUAUGAAUAAAGUUAAUAAAAGUCAGUCUAUGAAACUUUCAGAUGACGGUAAAUGGGUUGAACUUUGUACAUAAAUUUGUCUAUAUUAUUCCAUAUGAAGAAAAAAUGUAUAUUCAGUUUAAUGUUUUGUUCCUAUGUGAAUUAACAAAUCCAAUGUUAAACUUGUG